CAUCAUCCACCCCUCAACUCCACUACGGACCCGAGCUCGAUUUCCCACCAUCGUUUUGGCCACCGAAACACGCGCAGCAACUAGAAACUGCCGCGGGGCGCGCGGAGUCCAUCUCUCCCUCUCCGACGCCGCGAGGUCGACGAGAAUUUCCGAACCCUUCGUUUGCUCUGAUUGCAGGUGAAUCUACAGGAUUACAGCUAUCUGGAUGUGCUUUCUUCAGUAAACAAGAGUACAAUCCUCCAAACUCUACAUUUUCCUUGCCUCAAAUCCCACCCAGAGAAAAGGCAUUAUGCAAGUGUUCCCAACUCUUAUAGCAAAUUGAUGUGAACGAAUCCUCAAACUUUUGAUCCUGAUACACCAACCACCACUUCAAUGAUGCACCCAAGCCUACUAGCUACCAUCCAAUGGCUCACACUGUCAGCCCUCCUAUCGAUUGCCAUGGCGGCUGAUAACAAUUCCACGGCCUCUGCUCCAAUCUUUCUGAAUUGUGGAGCCUCUGGUGUGCAACCUGAUAGCUACAAUCGGAGCUGGGAUGGGGAUGCUAGCUCCAAGUUUGCGCCAUCGGUGAAAGGCAAUGUAGCCAGGGCUUCAUACCAAGACCCUUCGCUCCCAUCACCCGUGCCUUACAUGACUGCUCGAUUCUUCACUUCAAAUUACACCUAUUCCUUCCCUGUCAGCCCAGGCCGCAUGUUCGUGCGCCUACACUUCUAUCCAACUAAUUAUAAUGGGAACCUUGAUUCUGCAAAUGCCUACUUUGGUGUCACAACCAACAAUCUGAUCCUUUUAGACAACUUCAACGCAUCACAAACUGCUCUGGCAACAAGCUCUGCCUACUUCUUUCGAGAAUUCUCGGUUAAUGUCACUUCAAGCAGCCUAAAACUCACCUUUGCCCCGUCCACACGAAACGGGUCUUAUGCAUUUGUGAAUGGGAUUGAGAUUGUGCCCACGCCUGACAUCUUCACAACACCGACACCUACAUCUGCCAAUGGCGGGGACAAUGUGCAAUAUGGCAUAGAUCCUGUGAUGGGUCUCCAAACGAUGUACCGGCUCAAUGUUGGGGGACAGCCCAUCUCUCCGCAAGGUGAUUCUGGAUUCUAUCGUUCUUGGGAUAAUGAUUCUCCUUACAUAUAUGGUGCUGCCUAUGGGGUGACCUUCUCCAAAGAUGGUAAUGUCACCAUCAAAUAUCCAAAUACUGAGCCAAAUUACACUGCACCAGUUGCAGUCUACGCAACAGCAAGGUCAAUGGGGCCAACUGCACAGAUCAACCUGAACUACAAUCUUACAUGGAUCUUACCGGUUGAUGCGGGGUUCACCUACCUCUUGAGGUUCCAUUUCUGUGAGAUCCAGUAUCCAAUAACCAAGGUGAAUCAGAGAUCAUUUUUCAUUUACAUCAACAACCAGACGGCGCAGAAUCAAAUGGACGUCAUUGUUUGGAGUGGAGGAAUUGGCAGAACAACAUAUACCAACUAUGUUGUCACAACGGUUGGUUCUGGCCAGACGGACCUGUGGGUCGCGCUUCACCCUGAUCUUUCAAGCAAACCAGAGUAUUUUGAUGCAAUACUAAAUGGCCUUGAGGUCUUCAAGCUACAGGACCUUGGAAGAAAUAACCUUGCUGGGCUCAACCCUCCACUUCCACCAAAGCCUGGUGUGAAUCCCAAUGGGGGAUCUAGUAGAGGUAAAUCAAAGAGUGUUGCCCCAGCAGCCAUAGGUGGAGCAGUGGGUGGCCUUGCCGUGUUGUUGAUUGCUUGUGUUGGAUUGUGCAUCAUCUGUAGACGAAAGAAGAAGGUAGCAAAGGAUACUGGCAAAUCUGAUGAAGGACGCUGGACUCCUCUCACUGAUUUCACCAAGUCACAGUCAGCCACCUCAGGAAAGACAACCAACACAGGGAGCCACUCGAUGCUGCCAGCCAAUCUUUGCCGGCACUUUUCGUUUGCAGAAAUCCAGGCUGCCACCAACAAUUUCGACAAAUCCUUCCUCCUCGGCAAAGGUGGAUUUGGCAACGUUUACCUUGGAGAGAUAGACAGUGGCACUAGAGUUGCAAUCAAGCGUGGGAACCCGCUGUCUGAGCAGGGUGUCCAUGAGUUCCAGAAUGAGAUUGAGAUGCUGUCCAAGCUCCGACACCGUCACCUUGUGUCUCUAAUCGGGUACUGCGAGGAUAGGAAUGAGAUGAUUUUGGUAUAUGACUACAUGGCUCAUGGGACACUUCGAGAACACUUGUACAACACCAAGAACCCACCAUUGUCGUGGAAGCAGAGGCUGGAGAUCUGCAUCGGCGCCGCCCGUGGGCUGUAUUACCUGCACACGGGUGCAAAGCAAACCAUCAUCCACCGCGAUGUCAAGACCACCAACAUUUUGCUGGAUGACAAGUGGGUUGCCAAGGUUUCCGACUUCGGGCUGUCCAAGGCCGGUCCAAACGUGGACAACACCCAUGUGAGCACAGUGGUGAAGGGCAGCUUCGGAUACCUUGAUCCUGAGUACUUCCGACGGCAGCAGCUUACCGAGAAAUCUGAUGUCUACUCCUUCGGAGUUGUGCUGUUCGAGGUCCUGUGCGCCCGCAACGCCCUGAGCCCAUCACUUCCGAAGGAGCAAGUGAGCCUUGCAGACUGGGCUCUGCGUUGCCAGAAGAAAGGUGUUCUUGGCGAGAUCAUUGACCCACUCCUCAAAGGGAAGAUCGCUCCCCAGUGCUUCUUGAAGUUCGCCGAGACCGCGGAGAAAUGUGUGGCCGAUCGCAGCGUCGACAGGCCGUCCAUGGGUGAUGUGCUCUGGAACCUCGAGUUUGCGCUCCAGCUGCAGGAGAGCACGGAGGACAGUAGCAGCCUGACCGAGGGGACGUCAGCGAGCACGUCGCCGCUGGUUGUGGCCAGGCUGCAUUCAGAUGAGCCGUCGACCGACGUGACUACUACCACUACAACGACAACUUCUUUGAGCAUCACUGACCGUAGCAUUGCGAGCGUGGAGUCUGAUGGGCUGACCCCAAGCAACAUCUUCUCCCAGCUCAUGACACCAGAUGGAAGAUGAAAAUCAAAUUGCAAGCUCUAAUAUUGCUCCCUAGAUUUGUGGUGUGCCUCAACAGAAUUCUUGUCAGGAAUAGCUAAUUGUAUAGUUAUCUUACUUGCUCUACUAGCCUUGCUAUGCAUCAUUUUGGGCUAAAUAUAUGUAUGUUUUAGUUCUUUAGCAGAUCUAUGUUUCUUUCAAAAUCGCAGUAAUUGUAUAGGUACCUCUAAAUUGAAGGGGGUUGAGAUUCUUACCUCCUAAUGCAGUUGUAAUCUUGUAAUAAAAGAGCAUGGAAGAUAUCACCCACUUAUCCCUUUCUGA